AUGCUGCGAGCCGUUCUCUCCCUCCUGGUGGCCCUCGUGGCCGCCGUGCGAUCGACCACGCUCGAAAAGUCGCUCUUCAGCUACGUCAGCGAGUUGUCUUUUUCCGGGUCGUUUGACAAUCUCUUCGAGAAGUGUCUUAGGGUUCCAAACAGCAUAUGCCUAGGGGGGACAUCCACAGUCGUCACGUCCAACAGCGUGCCCAAGGGGCUCGUCGCCAAGUGGACCUUUGACGACAUGUACGCCGUUGACUACAGCUGGAACAAUAACCACAUGCACAAGCUGGUGCGCGCGGCCCCCGGUUUUAAUGGGCGGGGGUACAGCGGGGCCUUCGUGGGAGAUAACUCCGGUUUGGUCCACGCCGGCGACACGUUGAAGACGACUCAGUUCACCAUAGCAUUCUGGAUAUACCUGCUGGAGAGGCCGACGAACAACUUCCGCAAUGUGCUUUCGCAGAUGUGGACGCACAUAGCCAUCAAAAUGGACGACGCUCGCGUGGAGCUCUACGUCAACGGGGUGCUAGACAACUCGGUGCCGAUCAAGCGGGGAGGUGCAGAUAAAGCUACCGCUAAGGAUAACGCUGCUUCUAAUGCUACUUCUAGUGCUACCUCCAACGCCGCCACUCCCGCCAACGCUGCGGGGGGAGAGCGAGGGGGGGACAUAACCAUCGGGAAGAACGCGCACUACUCCAGCUUCAAUGGGUACCUGGACGAGCUGCAUCUCUUCAACAGGAGCCUGAACAAGUCAGAAAUAAUUUCCUUCGCUGUUGCCAGCGUGACGGGGAUACACGACACGGAGUUUGCCUACGUAGGAAACUACGACUGUGACUAUGCCACGUCGAUGCGUGCUGACCUCUGCAGAGAGAAUUACCAGCUGUGUUCUUCCUUCCAGCUGUACAGUGGAGGGAUCCAUUACGCUAGGGUUAAUGGGAUUUUGACUUCCAAAACGAAUUUGUGGUCGUCGGACGUGUCAGAAAAUGCCGUUGAGUCGGGGGAGAAGAGAAUUGCGCUUUGCUGCAGGGGGGGAGCGGCCGACUCGCCAAUGGGAUUCGCAAAAGGGAACAGUGCGUCGGAGGAGGCAUGGUAA